UUUUGCUGUUGGAAGCUAUAUAAACACGAGGGCGGCGACGCCUGUCUAUAUAAACACCGAGAUUAUUAUAAACACUACCCUUGACUAGACUGUGACUUUCAUAGGCAGAGAAACAAGAUAAACUCAACAGUACAGCUAGUGUAGUAUGGCUCAGAAACCUAAGAGAAAAGACAUCAAUAAGUAUGUAAAACCUCACGCUACUCACAAAUGGUACGAUCUGGGGCUGGAACUGAAUGUCGGAGAUGAGGAUGGUAUUGCUCUUGAUGAAAUCCGAGAAAAGUAUCGAGCCGACAAAGGAGAUUGCUUUGACUGCAUGAUAGGCAAGUGGUUUAAGGAGGCUGACCCUUCUCAACUAACCUGGCAAACACUCAUUGAUUGCCUGAGCUCGAGUGGUCUUCAACUGGACGAAGCAGUGAAAGCUAUACAAGAGAACGUCUUUGGAGCUACUGUUUCACUGGCUCACGACACAGGAAGAAAAUCUGGUAGUGAAGAUCAAAAUACUUCCACAACUGAAGGCCCAACUUGCAUUUCCCACGCCGACAACUUACAACAUAAACCACAAAAGACAAUCUACAAUGUACAAUCGGCUGAACUUGCUUUCACAACAACUACAAUUGCCACUGAACAAUUGUACUGCGAUGGCGAUGUGAGUGAAGUACAACUCAAACCACGAGGUGGUACGAAUGAUCUUCCAAUUGCCGUGGACGGGCCUCCUCUUCCUGACGAAACCCCCACUGAAUUCCUACCUAUUGAUUACACCUUAGCUCUUGAUAAAGGAAAAUCUAUUCGAGGCUAUCAAACAGAGUUAGCUCAGCCCGGUAUUGAAGGAAAAAAUUAUAUUGUUGUGGCCCCCACUGGAAGUGGAAAAACUCUUGUGGCUGCUCUUGUGAUUUCACACCAUCUUCAAACUGGAAAAGAGAAAGACGAGAUGAGGAAGGUUGUCUUUAUUGUAGAGAAGAGGCCACUUGCCCAGCAGCAAACCAAAGAGUUGCAAAGAUUCAUCCCGGCUGCGCAAGUGUCUUGUUGUAUUGGAGACGAUACGAACAACUCUAUCAAAACUUCAAUUGAUGACGGCCAUCACAUCAUUGUGUGUACUGCUGGCAAGCUUCUUGAUGAUCAGAAGUGUGGAAGAGUUUCACUGUCCGAUUUUAGUCUUGUUGUCUUUGAUGAAUGUCAUCAUACUCGAAAGAAUUCUCCAUAUGCAGGACUCAUGAUCCGAUACAUACAGAUGAAAUCAGAAAAGGCAACUUUGCCGCAAGUCAUGGGCUUGACAGCAUCACCAGGAGCUGGAGAUAAUCCUAAUCUUGAAAAGACAGUUACCAUUGACCACUUAGUCAAACUCUGUGCACUCAUGGAUGCCACAAGUGGUAUCAAAAUGGUUCGAAUGAAUAAAAGAGAGCUGGAAGAACACACUAACAAGCCCGACUACAAUGUAGAGAAUUCCAAAGAUAGAGAAUCAAAUGAGCCAUUCAUUGUCAACGUUGUGGCACUCAUGCAAGAACUUGAGAGGAGGGUUAGUUUUACAUGCCCAUUCAAUCGGUGGAGCCAAAAGUAUGAAACGCAAGUUCAGCAGAAAAAGUUUGCUCUAGAAAGAAGUGCUAAUCCCACAUCUCGAGAUUUGAUUCGAAUUUGGGAGCUUCUACGCUGUCUCAGCCGGGCAUUAGACGUUUACAUGGAGUUACAGUACGAAGAUGCUAUGAGUGUUUUAGACAGCUCAAGUAUACGCAAACUUGACGUGGCAAACGAAUUCGAGACAAAAUUAUGUGCCAGCCUUAAUAGCCUUCUAGCAGAAUUGAAGGGCAUUGUUCGAGUAGAAAAUCCUCACCUUUUGAAAGUCAAGAGUAUUCUUAAAGAACAGUUUGUGACAGAUUCCCAAUCCAAGGUGAUGUUAUUUGUGAGAACAAAAAAACAUGCAUCCUCCAUUUUCAACUGGAUCAAAUCUUUACCCACUGCCGAGCAGCUUGGAAUCCACCCUUGCAUGGUUGUUGGGCAGGAAGCUGGAAUUACUGGGGACGGGAUGACUCAAGCCGAACAGGAAAACUCUUUCCAAUCAUUUCGUGAUGGGAGAAGCAAUCUCCUAGUGGUAACUUCAAUUGGAGAAGAGGGAAUUGAUAUUCCAGCCUGUAAUCUUGUCAUACGAUACCAACAUGUUUCUAAUGAAAUUGCCAAAGCUCAAACUCUCGGACGAGCACGAGCAACUGGAAAGAGUGAGGGCUACACCAUCUUGUCGUCUACAAGCAAGCAGAGGCAAGAAGUGAUGAAUGGAGAGCUGUUGGCGCUUGUCGAUACCAUUCUUCUAGAUGCUCACUUUCCAACAGGCCGCAUAUUGCAAAUAAAGAUCGAAAAGGAGCAAGAAAUGCUUCUGAAGAAAGAAGAACGUGACAGAGCAAUGGCAAAUGAGAAAAAGUCUACUUACAAAGUUGAAGACGUACAUCUACUAUGUAUUACCUGCAAAACACCUGCUUGUUGUGCUGCUGAUAUUCGAGUACUCAAUGGGAAUUGUUAUGUGGUUCCUAGUGAAGAAUUUCAAGAUAAGAUUAACAAGAUCGAGCAUCCAAAGCCACUGUACAAGCUGGCUAUGAACAAAACACACAAGAUCCUUUGCAAGACAUGUGGUCAUUCAUGGGGAAACAGUUGCAUUUGGCCACAUUCUGGGAACCAGUUCCCAGUGCUUAGCUGCAAGAGCUUCACUUUUAUUGUAAGAGGGAACCCGAUAACUGUGAAAAAAUGGUCUGCCGCUCCAUUUGAUAUCCAGAUGUAUAUAGACUAAUUAAUGCCAACUGUGAUUCAGAUUUAUAACUUUUUAUUCUUUGUUUUUAGAGUGACUAUACAGGCAUCCAGUCUAGGGAGUAGCUUAAAUAAUUAUUACUACACUAUGAUUAAAAUUUCUACUCAUACCGUUG